CUGAUCUAAUCAAUCAUCAUUCAUCUUUCAAAUUCAAUUUUCGUCAUGGAGGAUCUCGAUGAUGUGGCUAUUAACACACUGAGAGGUAAUUAUUUUUUAAUGUUUUAAACGUGACGACGAAACUUGUAAUCAUUGAUAUAGAAUCCAGGCUAGAUUAGCAAAAUUGGCUAGUCGAGCAAACUAAUGGUAGUUUGCUAGCGCUAGUCAGUUUGCUAGCCCAGUUAGCUGUGCUGAACCAUUAAGGUUAACUUACUUUGUGUGUGUGUGUGUUUUGUACAUUACAGCAGCUAAUAUCAGCGAAGACCAGCUGCAUUCUAUUUCUAGAGAUGACAUUAGGGACCUCUUCCCUGGCCCAGAACACUUUUUCCGUCGAAAAGCUAUAUGGCUCAAAAUACACGUGGAAGAUAGGGGGGAAGAGGGUCCCACUGCAAUGGCAGGGCCAUCAACGGCUCAAUGUGAUGCAACUUCUCCUGGCAAGUUUCUGAAAUUCUCCAGUAUAGAAUAUGUCAUCUUUACUGACAGUGAGCUGGAGCAGGCGAGACGUUUAUAUUUUGAAAAACAAAGACUUGGGAAAGAGCUAGAGGUCACUUUAUCCAAAGAGCUUUUCUGCCGCCUGAUUCGUAACACAAUGGCCAAUAUGAUCGCCAUAGCCAGAGCAUCUGAGGAGUUCCGCUAUCCAUCAAAACACGAAGUCAUCUCCAUGGCUAAGCGCUUAGUUGAGUACUACCCGAUGAUUAAGGACAAGUCAUCUGACAAUGUGUGGGAGAAUGUGUCAAGGAAGCUCAUGAAGAGGCUCUCUAACGUGAAAAGUCCUGUGAAAUCCAAGGGUCCACCUGUUAAAGUACAACGUCGAAAUGAAGAUGCUGAUGACAGUAGUGAUUGGGACUCCAGUGCAUCAACUGUCAUCUUGGAAAGAUCACCAGCCAGUACAAGCACCCCAAAACGACUGAGGGACAACAAUGAUGAACCAUCCACAGGUUCAGGAGACUUAUUGGACAGUGAAAAAAGCCAGGCAAGACACUAUCGUACCCUCCAGGAUAUGUACAAGUCUAAGAAGCCGAACAAAGCUGCGGUUUCUCAUCUUCUUGAUUUGGAAUUCCAGUCCCGUAGACAAUUCAUUGUCUCUGACACUCUCAAAGAACAAGACAGACCGGGGAAGAUUUUAGAUGCGUACCCCUGCUUCCGAGAACUUGACCACAUCAUGGACGAGCUACGGAGGAUAAUAAACCCUGACAAUCCAGACUACAUUGCCAACAUUAAGGACAGAUGGGAAACUUUUUAUGGGAAAGUGCAGUUUUAUGGCGUAAUGAGAAAAGUCAUGAAGCCUCCAAAGACCUUGGAUGGAGUGGAACAUGCUACUGCAGUGUUCUCUGCUCUUCCACAACUUUUUCAAUCACCUGCCAUGGCGCCCAAAAAGACACGCACCCCAAGCGAAGUCUUUUUUCACAUUUUAACGUCCUGUGAAAGCCCAGACUCUUUUCUCCUAACUCGAUCCCACCCAAUCGUCCUGUUGGGGCAAGAAAACUGCCUCCUCUCAAUUGGGCCCACCACACUGUGCUCCUUUCCAAAGAUAAAAUUCCACGAGGCCAUCCUCUACCUGAUGGGCUGCUAUUACGUGUUUCAUUUAACAUAUCCGAAAUGCAUUGCCACACUGCUAUCUGUCAUUCAGACAGAAGUUCUCGGGGAUGGGCUGCAUGAGAGGGACAUCACCCCAUCCUACAAGAGAGCAAUCGCCGACUGGAAGGCAUUCAUAGACUGAGGGCGGGGAUUCGUUGAAC